CCGGGAAGAUUGCGUAAGAUCAUUUUGAUAUUGUAUGCCUUAUAUAAGCCCGUUUGUGGAGCAGUCAAGGACAGAGAAGACAUUGGAGUUGAAGUUUCAAGAUGUUUAAGCUGUGUUAUCCUUUGGCCGCAGUGCUGCUGUGUUUUGUCUUCGCCACAGCGCAGGUUGUGCCAAAUGCAGAAAUCGGUCGGAUUACCAUCCAAGUGCCGUUGCUGUCCAAUGGAAAGCCCGUGAUCCUGACCAAUCAGGACAAGGAGGAAAUGGCCACCGUGGAGGAGAUCAAGCCGGGAAAGGUCCAUGUUGUUCAGGAGGUAGUGGUGCCACCCACAGUAAAGGAGGAGACCAAGAUCAGGAUGGCAAGAUCCGUUUCCAGUACGGGGAGAUACAACCAUGAUGUGACCAAUCCCGGUAUUCCGAACCAUGGAAUUCCCAAUCCUGGCAUUCCGAAUCAUGGAAUUCCGAAUCGCGGCAUCCCCAACGAUGGCAUUCCCAAUCCAGGUAUCCCCAAUGAUGGCAUUCCCAAUCCUGGCAUUCCGAAUCAUGGAAUUCCGAAUCGCGGCAUCCCCAAUGAUGGCAUUCCCAAUCCUGGCAUUCCGAACAAUGGAAUCCCCAAUCCUGGCAUUCCCAAUCCCGAUGCCUCCGAACUUUUGCCGGUUGUUGUGAUGCCAAUGCCAACAAGUCGAACCACCACCUCACCCAUGUCCACAUCCAUGGCCAAACGAGUGCCAGCCAGGAAUUGUUUCCACCUGCUGAUGGGAGGCGUGACUACCAUGCCCCCAACGGAUAUGAUGACAAUGACACCUCCACCGAUGGAGGACUGCGAUCUGUUGUGCACCAAGGGCGAGUUCUUGCCCAUUUGUGCCCACAAUGGCAACUGUGUCCACGAGUUUGCCAACCAGUGCGUGAUGGACACCUUCAACUGCAAGCAUCGGGAACUGGCCUUCCGUGCAGUGGAUGAGGACGUCUGUCGGCUGGGAAUUUGUAUGAAGAAAUGCAAGGAGGAGGACCUGAAGCUUUAAGAUACCUUAAACUACGAGUAUUAAUUUUAAAUCUUUACUUUAUCCUUUGCAUAUAAAUCAUAAUAAAUACUUUCGAAAAAAAGCCAAGCCA